AGCAGCAGCCCGUAGCCACCCACGCUCCAGAGAAGACACGUCCCGGACAAAAGGCGCCUUGUCUCUCCUCCCGCAACCCAGAGAACUCGGCCGUCGCCCACGAUGAUCUGCAGGUCGUGCCUCCGGCAGGUGUGGCGCCUGCCGCAGAGGCCGGCGCUGCUUCUGUCCCGCCCCUUCGCCACCACAUUCCGCGCACGAAACGCCGCGCCGGCCGCCCCCGAUGCGCCGUCACUAGCCGCCGCGACCGCCCCCGACGCAGGCGGCGACGGCGCUGCCGCCGACGCGCCCCUGUCGUCGUGCCCCAAGGGCACCAUCAUGACGGGCCUCAACUUCUACAAGAACAAGACGGACCCGGUUGCCAUGGCGGACAAGGACUACCCAGAGUGGCUGUGGACGUGUCUCGAGGUCAAGCAAAAGGCUGCCGGCGACGGCGACGAGGCCGCCGGCGCCGAUGAGUUCUCAAAAUCCAAAAAGCAACGGCGAGCAGCCGCCAAGCGCCAGAGGCUGCUGGAGGCCAAGAUGCUGGCGUCGGGGGACCUGUCGGCACUGGCGCCCAAGAUCCCCCUGCAGCAGCAGUCCAUCAACCUCCCGGGCGGCGAGGACGGCAGCGUCGAGGGCGCCGUGCUCGCGGCAGAGAAGAGGGAGGAGCUACGGCAGGCGAUGCGCAGAGAGCGCAAGGCCAAGAUCAAGGAGUCCAACUACCUCAAGUCUAUGUGAGCAAGCAAGCGGCUGCCGAAACGGCUGGUUGCGUGGCACAAAGACGAUUGGCUCGCGCUGCGUCCUCGAGAGGCUUGCUCAUUCAGAAUUACAUUGUAUUAUACAAUUGUAUCAACGAGCGCUUUCCCCCGUGCA